AUGGCGGACCGAGAGACAUCCCGCAAGUCCUCCAAUACCAUCAUCGAGAAGGAACCGGACCCUAAGAGCAGCCAGUCUUCCACAAUGAGCCCCUCCCGACGGCCGGCAAACACCCAUGCGGAACAUGUCUCUCCAUCCGAUAAUGAUAGUGAGACGCGGGGAGAGUUUCUUGGAGAUGGAAAACGCGAGCUCACUGAAGAUGACUGUUAUGACAAACUCGGAUUCUCCUUCCCGUGGUAUAAGAAAUGGGCCAUCCUGUCGGUCAUCUUCACCGUCCAGAUGUCCAUGAACUUCAAUAGCAGCGUCUACCCCAAUGCGGUGGUCCCUCUAUCAGAACACUUCCACAUCAGCGAGCAGGCGGCACGGGUUGGUCAAAUGAUCUUUUUGGUAGCCUACGCCUUUGGCUGUGAACUCUGGGCGCCCUGGAGUGAGGAGUUUGGUCGCUGGCCUAUCAUGCAGCUCAGUCUGUUCCUCGUCAACAUCUGGCAGAUCCCUUGUGCAUUAGCACCCAACUUUGGCACCAUCGUUGUGUGUCGCUUCCUUGGCGGUCUGAGUUCAGCGGGUGGCUCCGUCACCCUAGGAAUGACAGCCGAUAUGUGGGAGCCAGACGACCAGGGCUUUGCGGUGGCCUACGUUGUACUAUCGUCGGUGGGCGGCACCACCAUCGGGCCCGUCUUCGGUGGUAUGAUUCAACAGUGGCUGAAAUGGGAAUGGAACUUUUGGAUCCAGCUGAUCUUUGGCGGAGUCACUCAAUUGGCACAUUUCUUCUUCGUCAGCGAGACUCGGUCGACGAUUCUGAUCGAUCGGGAAGCGAAACGACGUCGCAAGACCGGUGAGGAUCCCAAUGUCUACGGGCCGAAUGAAUUGAAGACCCCGCGGAUGGACCUGCAAGAUGUCCUGCGGGUAUGGCGCCGACCUUUUGAGAUGUUCAUCCGCGAACCCAUUGUCCUCUUCCUGUCUCUUUUGUCUGGUUUCUCGGACGCGCUGAUUUUCACCUGCAUUGAGUCGUUCACGCUGGUCUUCGAACAGUGGAACUUUGACCCUCUUCGCAUUGGUCUCUGCUUCAUCAGCAUUAUUAUAGGCUACCUUGUAGCAUACGGGGUCUUCCUCCCCGAUAUCUGGCGCCAGAGGCAAAUCCGCAAGAAGCAGGGUAAUGCGUCUAGACUCCCGGAACGUCGUCUGCUUCUCUUACUCUUCAUUGCACCGCUAGAGACGAUCGGUCUAUUCGGGUUCGCUUGGACAUCAAUGGGCCCCGAGUAUACCCAUUGGGUGGUCCCACUGGUGUUUAUCUUCCUGAUCGCCAUUGCCAACUACGGUAUCUACAUGGCGACGAUCGAUUACAUGGUCGCGUCGUACGGUCCAUACUCUGCGUCGGCGACGGGAGGCAACGGGUUCGCUCGGGACCUAUUGGCUGGAUUGUCCGCGAUGUAUGCCACCCCCAUGUACAGCAAUAUUGGUGGCCGGUUCCACCUACAAUGGGCCAGUACGAUUCUGGGAUGUCUGGCCAUCUUCGUAACUAUUCCAAUUUAUAUCUUCUACUGGAAAGGUCCCCAGAUCCGAGAGAGCAGCAAGUUUGCUCAGACCUUGGAAGCAGACCGGCAGCGAAAUGCAGGACGUCGGGCGAGCCGUCUCAGCGCAUCGGAGAAGCCCUACCCGUCUUGA